UUCCUGUCGUUACCUGUAGAGGUGCGCUAAGCUUGUCCCAGGCCUGCUUCCUUCCGUUUCUUUUCCUUUGCUCUCUUGAGGGAGAGGCUCGCCUUCAGAGGCGAGCUCGAGGGCUGGAGUUGACACCUCUCCUCCUCUUCCUCACACUUGGGACUUUUCUCCUUGAGGGUGGGGAACAGAAAUGCCAAGUAAACAGUGGACAUGAAUAAACUCCUCAGUCAGUAGUAGGGGAUAGAGCGAGAAAGAUAAGAACUAGAACGGCGGCAACACGGCUUGAGCUUCCGGUUUAAAACGGAAGAGCAGCUGCGGGCCGGGGUGCCCACAGAACGCCGCUCUAGCCAUCAGCACCUCUAUGGUGAAUCCCCACUCCCUACCUCGCAGGUUUUGCGUUAGGAGUUGAGAGCAUAGAGAGAGCGCAUCUAUUUAUACGAAACAGCCUCCUACUUUUAAAUGUUUUUCCUCACCUCUGUGGUUCGGAACCGAGAUAAAUCCAGUUCAGGUCGUGACCGGAAGUACCCUGGAGACGAAGCCCAGGUGACUCUAGGCAAUUCCCUUCUCUAUGGGUGUUCGUGGCGGGAGUCGCUUCCGCCUUCUCUCUCGCCGUGGAGUCGAGUCUGGGCUGCUGAAGGUGGUCGAGGUUCAGGGGCGGACACGCACCCCUUGGGCUGCUCCAGAGGGUAACAUGUGACGAGUCCAACACCAUGCACCAUCCAGUCUCCUCAGAGCCGUGUCUGCCUGCCGUUUUCUCCUCGUAGUGACUGUCCACUUCUGGAGGGCACCAUGUCGGAUCUCCUGCUCAACCUGGACACAACCCUCCCCCAGCGGACGAAGAAGAAUUGCUCUGAGGGCAACAAGAAGCACCAGCGCUUUGUCCGACGGCGCCACUUCCUGGAGCGGAAAGGCUUCUUGAAGCAGAAGCAGCUGCCGGCCCAGGCUCCCCUGCCCAAACGGGACGCUUCUCGUGGGGGCGCAGGGGUGGACCAGGAGAGGGACAAGAAAAAGCAGAAGGUCGACCGGCAAGACGGCCUUUUUGGCCGGGACAGAGUAGGGAAGGAAGAUGGCGCCUUGCGGGAAGAUGGCUCCACCCAGCAGGCUGAAACGCCGCCCAAGGGAAACGCAAAUCACUGUGCCAAGGACUCGGGCCCCGCUUCCUGCCCCCCUUCCAAGGCCCCCCCGGUCACGAGCAGAAUGGGCGGAGCCUCCGCGCGGCAAAAUGGAGCCUGGGUGAGCUGCAGUGCCGGAGAGAAAGCCAGCCUGUUGAGUGAGUUUGAGAGCGGCCUCUCCGCUGCGGCCCCGGCCCUGACCAAGCCCAACAAGAUGGUGGCCGUUGACUGCGAGAUGGUCGGCACCGGGCCUGGCGGGCGGAACAGCGAGCUGGCGAGGUGCAGUGUCGUCAGCUACCAUGGGGACUUGAUGUACGACAAGUUCAUCCGGCCCGUCAACCCCAUCACCCACUUCCGGACCAGGUGGAGCGGCAUCCAGAGGCAUCACAUGCGGAACGCUGUUCCCUUCAAGGCAGCCCAAAAAGAGAUCCUGAAGCUCCUCUCUGGGAAGAUUGUCAUAGGCCACGCCAUCCACAAUGACUUCAAGGCCCUUAAGUACUUCCAUCCCAAAUCAUUGACCAGGGACACCUCAAAGAUCCCCCUGCUCAACCGCAAGGCUGGCUUCCCAGAGACCGAGGUAGCCUCCCUGAAACGCCUCACCAAGCAGCUGCUCCACAGGGACAUCCAGGUUGGCCAGCACGGCCACUCCUCGGUCGAAGACGCCCAGGCCACCAUGGAGCUCUACAAGCUGGUUGAAGCCGAGUGGGAGAGGCACCUGGCCCUGUCUCCAGCUCAGGACUAACUGUCUGGGGUCGCCGGCAGCCCUUUGCCAUGGAGCAAGCUGGCCUUGGCAUCCUGGCCAAGAGCUGCGGGUGCCCGGGGUGCGGUUCUGACGGGUCCCUCGGAGCGUGGGGGUGGGGCGGAAGGGAGAGCGUCUCAACAGAACUGAAGCCGGAGCGGGAGGGUGGGGGGAGCUGGCCACGUGUGGAGAUGGAUCUCUGGAGGCGGCGAUUACAUCGUUUUCAGCUCAGGCGGGGGUUUGUGCAUUCCUUGGAGGCCCGUCAGCAACUUCCCGUGUGCCUGCUCAGUGGUGGCGGCGGCGGCCCGUUCUUCUUGCCGUAGGCUGGGGUUGUGGGGACAACUCCUUUGCCACCCAGGCAGGAAGCGCCGCCACCUGUGGGCUUCUCAACGGUGCUAACCGCUCCCCAGAACCGCAGUGUUGCCUUGCCAUCACCGGGGGGAUAGUUACGGGGGCCUGGAGAGCCGGUCAGAGCCAAAUGGGCCGAGGCGGAGAAGCCAGGCGGAGGCGUCUGCUGCUUCCUUGGCCUGCGUGCCUUUGGCUGUCUGAUGCAGCCCUGUCCUGCCUUUGCCACGGCCCAGGGAGACCUCCUUCCUCCCCUGCCUCUCCAUGGUCCUGGUGGUGGAGGCCAGCAAGGUUCUGUAGGAAGCUGCCUUAUACCAAGUCAGACCAGUUGGUCUCUCUGGCUCAGGAGAGUCUGCCCUGAGUGGCGGCGGCUUCUCAGCCCUGCCUGGAAAUGCUGCCAAGGACUGAACCUCCUGAAUCCAGAGCGGAUGCUUCCCCAAUGCUGAGCUGUGGCCCUUCCCGUUGGUAGCUUGGCUGGGCCAACAGUUGGGUCCCCCGUGGGCUGCAGAGGGGAACAGCUGCUUUGAGAGGCAGCUCUGUGGUGGGUCUCCGUCCCACCCCGAAGGGCUGGAGGCCAAGUGUGAGGUGAAGCUCUCCCCAGGAAGCUCUGGGCACUUGGUCUGGUUCCAGGGGUCUUGGGCCAGGUGACCAAGCUGGCAACAAGGUCAUCCGGAGCUUGUUGGUGACCAGAGCACUGUCCAGACAGAGUGCAGGGACCUUUCCAUGCUGCUUUGGUCUGGCCCGUGUCUUCCUUUGGCUGACACUGCUUGCCCCGAUGUUGCCGUUGUCAGUGGUGCCAGUGCCCGGGAAGAGGGUGCUGGGCCUGGGUUCGAUGCAUUUGGGUUAAGCCCUCUCCCUGAAUUGCCCGGUGGGGCAGUGCACCUGGCGAUUGGGCCCUCUCAGAAGACCCCACCACGUUCCUCCUUGCCUCCCCAUCCGGACCUUGUGAGCCAGGCGUCGGGGUCCCCCUUCCAGCCCACCCGUGGCAGCGCGUAGCGAAGGGCAGGAGGGAAUGGGGGCCAGAGCUGGCUUGGGGAUCUGGGUGCUGCGUGGGAAGAGGCCUUUCUCACAGCUGACCGGCCUGGGGGGGGAUCCUUGGCUAGGGAAGCCGCUGCCUUCUUAGCCAGGGCCACAGGAUUCCGGGAGGGCCCUCCGGUUUGUCUUUCGUCCCCUUGGGUUGCUGUUCCCUUCCCGGCCCGACGCCCGCCAGAGAAGGGUUGAACUUCGUAGAGGCAGGAGGGGGAAGGCCCACGUGAGGGUGGCUACCACAGGUUUCUUCAUCUGUGCCCCGUAACUUCCUGCCAUGGGUGAACGGCAGGUAUCUGCUGAAAGGUCUGAGGAGCUGGGGUAGCUUCUGGGUGACUGCUCACAGACUCUUCCGGGCAGAGCUGUAUAAAGCUGUAUCCAUCCCCCCCCCCACCCCACCCCGGUUAUUUUCCUGUCAGGGAACGAGAGUACAGAGUACAUCCAUUGCUUGGCAAAAUCUGGGGAUGCUCUGAUCAAAGGGGUCACCUCAGCAGAAGCAUCUCCCUGGUCGUCCUGUCCCCGUCCCCCCCAACGUAGCAGCCAUUGCUGAAGCAGGGGCGAUGCUGAGCGCCCUCUGCUCAGGACCAGGAGUGGCACCCGUGAAGGAUCUGGCCCCUCUGAAGGGAUCUCACCUGCUUAUUCGAAUGAAUGUAACAGCCUGUGAAGGAGUGGGGAGACAGCAGCUUGCCUUCCAGUUCCACUUGCGUGGCCCGCCUCCCUGCAGUUUUUAGGACCCAUCUCUUGUGUUCCUCCUCUUUCUUUUUAGAAAAUUCUUUGUCCAAAAAACAAACAAACCACAGAUUGGUGCCAAAUGAGCUGUGCAAUCAAAAUAAAUUAUGCAAAAUAGGAGAAACACUUCCGAGUCUGCUCCUGGCAUACCAAGUUGCUGCCAGUCCAAAUAAUGAAAUAAAAUAACUUGUAAAGUUAAGUGGUGCCGUCAAGUCGGUGUCGACUCCUGGCGCCCACAGAGCCCUGUGGUUGUCUUUGGUAGAGUACAGGAGGGGUUGACCAUGGCCUCCUCCCGCGCAGUCUGAGAUGAUGCCUUUCAGCAUCUUCCUAGAUCGCUGCUGCCCGAGAGAGGUGUUUCCCAUAGUCUGGCAAACCUUCCCACUGGGGAUUUGAACCGGCAACCUCUUGCUCCCCAGGCAAGUCGUUUCCCCGCUGCGCCACAUGACAUCGUCAAUAUUGGGGGCAGGGGGAUCACAGCUCUCUGAUUCUCCCAGUAUCGCCAUAACCGUGGGUUUACACAGCUGUUCUGUGCUUUCUCUCUCGCUGUUUCCAUACGGAGACAUAACCAGUGAUGAACCCCAAUUCCUUUGGUAAGCUAGAAGCUUCCCCUACUGAACUGUCCUCCUUCCCUCCCACACCCCCUCCCUAAACGUCCUUGGGAUUUUUAUCCAGACCAUAAUUAUAAAUAGUUAUUGAGGAUGGAGCGACGAGGUGCUGCCCCUUACCCAGAGCCCUUUCGAAAGCCGGCAAAUGGGGCAGAGUCAAAAGAGAAUUGCUUGACAUAGUGGUGCACGAAAAACAAACGUAUAUUCCGUGAACUGGAAAUAUCGCAUAGGCCUCAACUUUGUCAUGAAGAGAAUGAGGACACCUUUGCUUCUAGAGAGAGAGUGGAGUAAUGAACAUCCCCAUAACAACAUUAACAUAAUUAUUAACAUAAUUUCAGUGAUCAUUCUGAAAAUAUUUCAUAUGAAGGGCCUGCCCGCCUACAACCCCCCCCCCCUUCAAAUUCCCAGUUUUUCCCACACAGAGCCUUGGAUACAGAUACGUCAAAUGUUUAUAUACUGCUUAUCAACAAAAGUUCCCAAAGCGGCUUACAUAGAUAUAAAUUAAGUAAAAGGGGUCACUGUCCCCAAAGGGCUCACAAUAUAAAAAAAGAAACAUAAGGUAGACACCAGCAACAGCCCACAGAGGGGUGCUGUGCUGGGGAUGGAUGGGGCCAGUUGCUCCCCCCCCGCUAAAUACAAGAGAGUUGCCACUUUAAAAAGGUGCCUCUUAGCUCAGUUAGCAGGGCAUAAGCCAUCUAUGGCUUCUUCUUCUUCUUCUUCCUUUCCCUGGCAUGGCAGGGCGACAUGAUCAUUCCCUCCUUGUGUCCUUUGGCAUCUCUUCCUGUUGAGAAGCACAGCUGGAACAGGGCAGAAUGGAAUGACUCUUGCAUACCUUGUCCGAGUCGUAAUGCUCUCCCUGGAAGCAGAGGAUUCUGGGUGAUUUGGGCUGGGUCAGAGAAAGAGGGUCUGUGCUGUUUUUGCACAGCAAAGAGGAUUCUGGGCAAAAAACCUGCUGGAAGCAUACCCCAAACUGGUUUUUUUAUCCCACCCCUUCCUCUCCCCUGCUUUCCCCCAACCUGAGAAGCCGAUUUCCCUCACCGUUCCCAAUACUCUUGUCGGCCUCCCUCCAAAGCUUAUCAUUCUGUGUGUGCUCAUGCUGGUGAUUUCUGAAAGAGUCUGUCUUUCUGUGCCGGGAUUUGUUUUUUCUUUUUUAAAAGAGUAAAAUAUUUCACGUA